UUUAGUUUAAUUUAUUUUAUUAAUUUUAGUUAAUUAAAAUGAUUUAAAUAUUUCAAAUAAAAAUAAAAACUUAAGCGAAUGUCGGGCUACGGGAUGAAAAAUCGGAUCUAUGUUUCCGACAGCAGCGAAGAUUUCGAUCGCAUUGAGGUGAUUACUACGUCGACGGCAUCAUCACAAAGCGAUUUAUUUACGCAACUCGAAGGUAGCCAAAAUCUGCUCACUAGCAUUGGAAAUGGUCAACAACUCAGAAUCUUCGCCGCCAGUGCAUCAGUUGCCAACGAUGACAAUAAAAGUAAGAAAAGCGAUUGUGGCGGCAGUCGCGAUGGCACAGAUGAACAGUGUGGCGAUGAGUCCAUAGAGUUGAUAAAUAAUUUCGGUGGGCAUCGACAUCACCUGCGACCAACUUCACCGCUGGCGGUGCUGUCUGGUAGUUUCAGUCGCGGUGCAACACCAACAAAUAUGGUGCGUCGGUGGUCUCAGACUUUGGCACGCUUCGACCGAGAUAAACAUAGUAUACGAGAAAAAACUAUAUAUCGCAUGCCUUCACGUAAAUUUUUCGAAGUGGAUGGAAAAUUGCUCUCUACUAAUGGCUUGGAUGCGGAGAAUGAAGUCGAAUUGUUAGCACAGGAAAUCGAACAGCACGAUGGCCUCAUGCAAGACACAGCACUAAGUCAUCAACAUAGACUAGAAACACUUCGUGCGCUGCCGCAGCCACUUUGUGUGAAACGCAUGCUUAAACAAAAGUUGGCCAUCACCAUUGAGCAACAUGCCAGCGAAAAGCAACGCUGCAGCUGGUGCCAUUUAUUCACCAAUGCUUUCAUAGCUUUUCUAUUUAGGAGCUGGAAGCUCGUAACGUUUAUAAAUCAUAACUUAGAAAUUUGGUAUGAUGAACUGAAGACAAUCGAGGGUCACUUUGGCUGCAAUGUCAGCUCCUUUUUCAAGUUUCUGCGUUGGCUUCUAAUGCUGAAUGUGUUGGUAUUGGUAUGCGUUUUCACGUUCAUCACAUUUCCGCAAGUACUCUAUAACAUAAUAGCAACCGAGGAAAUGUAUCUUAAUGAAACAGUAUUAACUGGAAACUAUACGGGUGGUGAUGGGGAAGGUGAAAGUGGGCUUAUCAUGAAUGUACUUACUGGUGAGGGAUAUCUGCAAAACUCGCUCAUAUUUUACAGUGGGUACAGCAAUGCAACAUUUCGUCUACAUCCUGCUCUAAAUCGUUACAGUUUACCACAUGCGUAUUUUAUGACAAUGUUGGUGCUUUACCUGCUAAUUUUUGUCGUCAUUUCCACUAAAAUGGCACGUGUGUACCGCAUCAGUUUUAUUCAAGCCGCUGGCAGUGCUAGAGGUAUGCUCGCACCUAAAACCUUUUGUUUUUGGGAUUUUGGUAUAUCCAAUAGAAAGGCGGCUGAGCUAAAACACAUGGCAAUUUUUACCGAAUUUAAAGCGGUACUUAAUGAAAGAACUGAAACCAAGAAACAUCUAACUAUUUGGUGGCGUAUUUGGUUUAUUUGCUCUCGUCUUAUAGCACAUGUGCUGGUGGCUGCUAUAAUAGGCUGUGCUGGAGUUGCUGUGUGGAUAUUGUUGACGCGACUCGAUUCAACUGACACUGGCUGGAGAACCCUCUCAACGGCUGGUAUACUAAAUCUAACAAUGCUGCUAAUGCAAUCCGUUUUAUCAUGGAUUUCGAGAAUGGAAGAUUAUCGUUCACCCCGUCGUACUCUGCAUAUAGCCUUGUUGAGAAAUUUCAUGCUGGAGGCGGUUAUUAUAAGCGUUUUGGUAUAUUUUCUUCUAACAAAAGAAUAUAGUCAAUGCUGGGAGACUCAUAUUGGACAAGAAUUGUAUCGCUUUGUUGUGAUGGACACUUUCAUUUGUUUAUUUAUUAUACCACUCAUUUGUGUUACGCGAGCUUUCCUGUCCAGAAUUUACUGGCCUUGGCUCGGUGGUCCCGAAUUUGAUAUAUCUCAAAAAAGUUUGGGUCUCGUCUAUAAUCAAACAUUGCUGUGGUUGGGGUUACUAUUCGCACCAUUGCUUGUGGCGAUUAUUGUUUGCAAAAUGUUCCUAAAAUUCUACAUCAAUAAGACGCUUUUAUUGAAUCUAUGUAAACCAACCUGCAAUAUCUGGCGUUCAGCACAAACACAAACGCUUUACCUGGUCUUCACUUUUGUCUCUCUGUUGGGCGUCAUUUUGACACUGGGCUACAUUAUGACGCAGCUACCCAUGAGCGCGCAGUGUGGUCCGUUUCGCGAAUCCGGUUAUAUGUUUCAAAUAUUCAUAGACGGUGUACUACAGUUGCGCCAUAAUCAAUCACUAUGGCGCCUUCUUACGUUGCUCAUACGCCCUGCUGCUGUGGGCAUAAUGCUAGUCAUAAUGAGUGCGCUGGCUUACUAUUUACGCGCCAAGUCGCGUGCCCGUCGUCUGAUGGUAAAGUUACUAAAAGAAAUGAUAUAUCUGGAGGCGAAAGAUAAAGAAUUCUUACUUAAUCGCAUUAUGAAUCUUACAAAAAAGCCGGAUCCUUCGCUAUGUUAUGGAAAAUCGCUUGGGAGAGUGCGGAAGCGUGCAAUGCAAACAGCUCCAACUGAAAUUUUUGUACAAAACGAAAUCAGCGUGCUUGAUCGGAAUGCGACAACUUGAAGUGUUAGCUUCAUUCUACGUAGUCAUAUUGAUUAGUUUAAGUAGUUUAUUAAUUUUUUUUUGUGUUAUGCCCAUAUGUACAUUGCAAUGCGUGUAUUGUAUUUAGUUACUUAUAUGUACAUAUAUGGAAGAAAUUUUCAAAUGUCUGAUUUUAGUUAAAUAUUUUACUUGCGCUCUAAUUUAUACUCAUUUAUAAUUACAUGUACUAUACAUAUACAUACAUACAUACAUUCUUAAAUUU